CUCCACGUCGCCGUCGAGAAGGGCCACCUGGAGGUCUUGGAAGCGCUCGCGUCCGCGGGCCAGGACCUGAACCGCCGCACGCACGACUCCUACGCGCCCAUCCACCGGGCGGCGUACCUGGGGCGGGCCGACGUCGCGGGCGUCCUCGCCGACUACGGCGCGGACCUGGACGCGUCGACGCGCGACGGCGCGUCCGCGGUCUUCGUCGCCGCGCAGUACGGCCACGCGGGCGUCAUCGAGGUGCUGGCCUCCUACGGCGCCGACGUCGACGCGGCGAAGAGGGACGCGGCGACGCCCGCGUCCGUCGCGGCGCAGAACGGCCACGCGGCGUGCGUCGACGUCUUGGCGGACGCGGCCGCGGAUCUGGACCGCCCCAAGGACGACUCCUACGCGCCGCUCCACCUCGCGGCCUACUACGGCCACGCCGACGUCGUCGAGGUGCUCGCGAGGCGCGGCGCGGACGUCGACGCGCGGAACCCGGAGGGCUACGCGGCCGCGCACGUCGCCGCGCAGCGGGGCCACGGCGCCGUGCUCCGGGCGUUG